AUGUUUCUAAAUUUUUUAUUGACUUUAGGAGUUGCUGAUUCAAUUUUUAGCAAAGGAUAUAAAUAAAUGAAUGGGCAGAUCAACAUUGAAACAGACAUCUUUGACAGGAUCAAUUUGACAGUAGAUCAGAGAUUGAUAAUUACUCUUAAUAAUUAUUAUUCUCAUAAGUUGCCUCUUUUUUUGAUUUGUAGAAGGUCGCCCUCAUUUCCACGGAUCCCUGAUUAUUUUGCAAUUCAAAAGUAAGUGAUCGAUUUCUAAUCAAAUUAGCAAUUAAUGUGUUGCAGAUCUAAAUUCUUAUGAUUUUGGAAAACCCACUCAAACAAUAGUAAUCGAAUUUAAGGAAAGAGAUAAUAGUUACAUGAAUAUAAUCUAAUUGAAAAAAAACACAAGAGCCAAUAUCAUUGUUGUUUUAGAGUAAAGAAGUGAUUUUGUGAUUAACUUUGACAUUCAAGACAAAUAUGAAUGCUAUGUGUAAUUUAUCAGCUAAGAAUUGUAGACCAUGCCAAAAUCUAGGGAUGUGCCUCAAUGGAUCAUGCUAAUGUUUAACAGGAUACAUAGGGAAUGACUGCAGUAUAGAAACUAUGGAUUUAGCUAGUUAAGAUUAAUUGGAUCCUGUUUCGAUUUAUUAUUUAAACAUCACAGAAUUAAAUGUAUUAGUAUUUUUUAUAUUAUUAGUCCUUCCGAUUUGAUUUUAAUGAAAGAUGUGGCUUUAUAUUUUAAUGUCUAGGAAAAAAUCCAUUUUAUUUAAGAGGGGAAUUGGAAUACCAAUCUUUUAUCGAAAUCUCGAAAGAAGACUCUUAAGCAUGUGUUGAUCAAAUUAAUUCAAAUAACGAGUAGUUUUCAUUGAACUUGUUACCACUCUAUGUCUUCAAUUCUAAUUCUCAAGUAGGAAUUCUAUCUGACUAAUCGGAUGGUUCAAAUAGAAAUACUAUUAUUUACAUAGUUACUUCGAUCGGAUUGUCAUUACUUUUGAUUAUUAUUUUCGCUUGUUUUAAAUGCAAGAAAAGGGCCUCUUAGGUGAAUAACCUGUUUGGAAAUUCAUCGUCAAUGUCUCAAAAGAUAACACUCAUAAGAUAAAUGAAUAAAUUUAUGCCAAUACAGACAUUCUAAGAAUUAAUCAGGAAAUUUCCUGGUCUAAGUGAUGAUCAAUGUUGCCCAAUAUGCUUAGAAAACUAUCAAUAAGAUCAUAAAAUUCGUGUUUCAUAUUGCACCCAUUUUUUUCACUCGGAAUGUUUAGAUCUUUGGAUAGAAAAAAAUGAAGUAUUCCUUAUUCAUUAAUUAAUUAGAUUUGUCCCACUUGUAGAUCUUCCUUAAAUUAUGAAACCCUUAAUAAAUUAACAAACACAGACAAUAAUGAUGAUUGCUUAUAUUAAAAUGCAUCCUCAACUAAACAGAUCAGCAAUUAUUCUUCAUAAAAAAAAAUAAGAUUGUUUGGAGAACACAAAUCAGCCAACUCCCCAGCAGUUCCACUAUGA